UCCACUGCGCUGGAUUUAUCGAAUCGGUCCGAAGCUGAAUGUUGCAAAGAGGUCUGCGAGAGAUGCACCAGUCCUUCACGAGGCGGGGUGAAUUGUCUCAGACGUACCCCACUCUCGGCAAAGAUCUCAGCAGUCUUUGUAUCCACGAGAUAUCCUUGAUUGUAAACGACCUCGCUGAUGCCGACCUGGGUGAUUUUGACGCUGCAAGUAAGGCAAGGACACGUAUUGCAGUAGAGCGUGGCAUUUUCUCCGAUGCGGUCACGGCCAGCCUCGAGAAGAGCAUUUUCCUCGGCAUGGAGACAUAGACAUGCAGAAAGGUCCGAUCCGCCCUUCGCAGCGCCGUUGCAGCGUGCGCACCCUCCUCCAUUGCAAUUAGUCAUACCCCUGGGGGUGCCAUUGUAGCCGGUGCUGAUAACCCUCUUCUCCCGCACGACGACGCAUCCGACGCGCCUCUUCAUACAGUUGCUUCUAUGUGCAGCGAGAUCUGCAAGCUGCAUGAAAUAUUGGUCCCAGCUAGGACGCAGGCGGGCUUCGUUGGGCAGAUCGAGGGCAUUCAAGGCUGUAUACAGAGGUGGAAGUAGAGUAGCCGAGUUGAGCAGCUUCAACUGGGCUCGUUCAAAGAUGACUUGAAGACCAGUAUUUGGGGCAAACAGGUGGUCAUCGUUUCUCAGGACAAACUCUUCGAGAGUGGGAGGGGUGAGCUUGCUAGCGGCGCACCGAACGGACGACGCAGCAGGGCAUCGAGCACCUUG